AUGAGUGCUCAAUUGGCCAAUCUUACCGACAUGAUUUCGAAGAUGUCCAUGUCCUCCUCCAACAACACCAACCAACCCUCAAGUUCUUCUAACCUUCCAUCCCAACCCCAACCAAACCCAAAGGGCGGUCUCAACGCCAUCACUCUACGGUCGCGAACUACAUUGGAGGAGAUACUUCCAAGGGUCUUGGAGGACAUUCAUGAAGAAGAAGUGGUUGUUGAAGCUCCACAUGAAGAGGGGGAGGUAGACAAAAGGCAUGAGGAAGAAGGAGUAAACCUCAAGGAACCCAAGAGGAAAGCUCUAGUGGAUGAGUCCAUCCCUAUUCCAUUCCCUUCUAUGGUGAAGAAAGCAAAGAAGACACCGGAAUUUGAUUUGAACAUGCUUCAAGUGUUCAAGAAGGUUCAGGUAACCAUACUACUUCUUGAUGUUAUUCAACAAAUUCCAAAGUAUGCAAAAUUUUUGAAAGACUUGUGCACACACAAGGAUAGGAUAGGAGAAUUGGAGACAUUAUCCUUGGGUAGUUCAAUUUCUUCCUUGAUGGAACCUAUUCCAAAGAAAUGUGGUGACCCUAGGCCUUGUUUGGUGUCUUGUUAUAUUGGUGGACGCACUUUUCAUGGUUGUAUGUGUGACCUUGGAGCUUGUGAAAGCAUCACGCCACUUUCUACUUUUGUGCGGUUGAAUUUAGCUCCAUUAAAGAAGUCGGCAGCGAGGUUUGCCUUAGCCGAUAAAAGUGUGAUCACGGUAACAGGAAUAGCCGAAGAUGUACUUGUGGCGAUCAAAGAUUUGGUCUUCCCGAUUGACUUUUACAUCCUUGAAAUGCCUCCAACAAAAAAUAGAAGCUCAUCCUCCGUUCUACUUGGUAGACCCUUCCUUAAGACCUCUAAAUUCAAGUUAGACGCUUUCACCGGCACAUAUUCCUUUGAGGUUGGAGACAAGACUAUCAAGUUCAAUUUAGAAGAAGCCAUGAAGCAUCCUCCCGAAGAGCAUUCCGCUCUCCGAUGUGAUGUAAUUGAUGAAGUGGUAGCAGAAGUGCAAGAAGAAGACCAUAACAAGUUGUGCUACCAUAUUGUUAAAGAGACGGAUGACCAAAAGGGUGAACAUGAGAAAUUUGUUGAGAAUGAACUCUGUGAGCUUGACGAAAAGGAACCUCAGUUUGAGGCUUUCUUAGAGGACAACCAGAAGUUUUUGGUCAUUAUUGCUAGUGAGAUUUCUAGUGAAGAAGAAGAAAAGUUCCUAGAUGUUCUCAGAAAGUACAAGAAGGCAAUUGGUUGGAGCUUAGCCGAUAUUGUGGGGAUUGACUCUUGCAAGUGCAUACAUCGUAUAUUUCUCCAAGAGGGAGCCAGGCCGGUUAGGCAACCACAAAGGAGGCUCAACCCAACCAUCCUCGAUGUAGUAAAGAAGGAGGUGACUAUGCUACUUGAUGCGGGUAUCAUAUACCCAAUUUCUGACAGUGAGUGGGUGAGCCCGGUCCAGGUUGUUCCCAAGAAAUCAGGCAUCACUGCGGUUACAAAGGAUGAUGGUGAACUGGUCCCCAAGAGAGUACAAAAUGCAUGGCAAGUGUGCAUCGACUAUAGAAGGUUGAAUAUUGCUACAAGGAAGGACCACUACCCUUUGCCCUUUAUCGAUCAGAUGUUGGACCGUUUAGCGGGUAAAUCCCAUUACUGCUUUCUUGAUGGAUUCACUGGUUACUUCCAAAUUCACAUUGCUCCUAAAGAUCAGGAAAAGACCAUAUUCAUUUGCCCUUUUGGCACCUUUGCCUACAAAAGGAUGCCAUUUGGACUAUGUAAUGCACCUGCUACUUUUCAGCGGUGUAUGACCAAUCACAUUCCUUCAUGA